GCUGUGACACGAAAAAGAUAACGAACUCCUCGAGCUCUCAUGAGCGUGUGACAAAAUUUCACAUUGCUUGUUAUAUAUAUCCUAUACCUUACUGUAUCGAGAUUGUGUAUAUGAGCAGUUUUAUUUAGUGUUUAAUCAACAGGUAAAAGUAGGUAUUGUAUGAGUACCUUGUGAGGGGAAUGUCACUAGAAUGGACACGGGCACCGAUUUAGUAACCUUGAUCUAAAUAAACCACGUGUUGGUUAUUUUGCCGUGGAGAUACACUGGAAGUUCAAGAAAUUAAUUAUUGUUUAAAAUAAUUCAAAACCAAGAAUCGUUAUUAUGUUACAUUUCUUUUUAUAUCGUUGAAUGUUUUUUGAUGUGUAUUACGUUCAAAACUGAUGAAAUUAAUCAUCAAAUUGUAAAAUGGCUUAUUAUCCUACAGCUAACAAAUUAUGUAUAAGAUAAUUUCAUCUUAUGAUCAAGAAAAGAAAAUUCACCAAGCAUGAUUCAAUGUUCAUAAAUUCCAUGUUGACAGUUUUCCAAGAUAAGACUGAUAGGAAUGUAUAAUUACAGAUUAUUACCUUAACUAUAAAAUGUAUCGUAAUUGUUUCAAAUUAAGGUCCACGUUUUUUAUGGGAUUUGGAAUUGGUUUCAUUUGUACGUUAUUUGUGUUUAUUUCUCAUGAUCUAUUUAGUAUUAUAUCCACUUGUGAAAGCACUUUGCAAAGCUCUAGUAUUGGAAGGAAAAGUACUCUCCUUAAGUGGCUCACUGAUACAUGGAACAGUGAAGAGAUCAUUAUUCAAGCCUGGAAAAAUGAAACAUUUGGAGGAAAACAUACCUACAAUAUGUGGUUGAAAAAUAAGAAUGUAAGAAUUAAUAACAUUGAUAUGGAUUCCUACCUUUAUGGACACAAAAAACAGGAAAAAUUGGAAUCCGAUUGGCUGAGCUCCAAUGUUCAAAUUACUUGUGUUGUUUUUGUGAAAAAAAUGAAGCUAGCAAACUCUAUUUGGAACACAUGGGGAAAACAUUGUAACAAUAUUUAUUUUUUUGGUCAAGAGAAAGAUUCUGUGGUGCCUAUAAUAACUUUUGAAAUGAAAUUUGUAUCCUCGUUUCAACUUCUGUGCGAAGCACUAAAUUAUGUUUGGAAAGACAACAAAAGUUUGGAGUGGCUUAUCUUGGUGAAAGAUGAUACAUUAGUUAUUCCUGAGAAUCUACGAUACAUGCUUGCUCCACUGAAUCACACGGAAGAUCAUUAUUUAGGUCAUGCAGUUGUAUUGUGGGGGCAACCAUAUAACGUUGCGAAUGCAGGAUAUGUGAUAAGUUUGGGAGUUCUCAGAAAACUAAUUAACAUGUUUGAUAAUUCUGAAAAGUGUAUAGCUGGUGGUAAAUAUUGGAAACAAGAGGAUUAUUAUCUUGCUAAACACUUAGCAUCUAUGGGAAUUUAUCCUUCUGAUACAAGAGAUCAAUAUUUACGGGGUACAUUCCAUGGGUAUUCUUUACAGUCAUUGUUAUGGGGUGUUGUUAAAACUGGAAGUUAUUGGACUCGUGCUGUGUAUCCAAUACAAAAUGAGUGUUGCUCCUUUAGGUCUGUUACUUUUAAUGUUGGAGAAUCCGAUAAAAUGCAUACACUGCAUUAUCUAUUAUAUAACUUGCAUGUCCUGAAGGAGGAAGGUAUUUUUGGAACUAGAAAACCACCAACAAUUAUACCUGAUGAAGAUGUAUGGAAGAUUGCAUUGAAAGAAGAAUUUAAUAUUACAGAUUUGCAUAAUAUUUCUACCGAUGCUUAUUACGAGAUUUGGCAUUCAAAAUAUUCCGAACCUGAGCAGCUAAUGAUGAAGAAUCAUCGGCAAAAAGUUUUAGAUAUAUGACAUCUAUUUCAUUCCUUCAUAACAUUUAGACUGCCUUUUAGCUGCAUUUUUAAUAUAUUAUUUUUUUUAAUAAUUGUUAUAAUGUUAUUUCUAUAACGAAGUUUAACGGCUGUUAUAGUUAUUGUUCAUAUAUUAUUUUUCCAUGUAUUUUUUCGAUAUACACGUAUUGUGUUUGUACGCUUAAUAAUCUACAUUGAUAUGAGUGCGGUAACAGUGGAAUGGUAGUUUGAUAACUAUUUCCCUUGUUAUGCCAUUGCUGCCUUAUCUGACUAAUUAGAGACCUAUUAAUUCUUAAUGGCCGUGAUAAUCAAAUCACAUUUCCAGGCGUAAAUGUGUUUCACAAAUGUAGAACACUAUCUUUUUAGCGCAUACAACUUAAAUGAUCUAUUCUUUGAUGAUAGAGACACACAUAUCACGAGUUUAAAGUCCUACCUGUGAAUUAACAUUUAUAGUACCUGAUAUAUUGCACAUAUGCUUUUAUAUACAACUAUUUUUAUAAUGAAUUCUACAUACGAGAAUUUGUAUGUAAUAUACUCUAAUCUAUGACAAUAAAUAUUUAAUUUUCCAGAAGUAACAAUUUUCGUUUAUCGUUCAACACCAUUUGUUUACACCCAAUUC